AUGAAGCAAUCAAACCAUAGAAAACGUACUACACCACUGGAUACCACCUUGUCGAAUUCUGAACUUAAGGAAAAGAAUGUAGAAAAUGUAGAACCAAUUGAUGAUAAUAUGAACAAAUUUCCAAUUCUCGGUGAGCACCAAGUAGAAAUCUAA